UCUUGAUAUAAUUAAUUGAUAAGGCACGCCUACUUUUUUAAUUAUUUCUAGCGGAUCCGAAAUCCGUGUGAUGUCAUUUGCCGUGAUCUCUGUCGUCUAUAUGUCAUUUUUGAGGUUGUGAGUGUGGAUAAAAAUUUUAAUGAUGAAUUUUUUGAAGCAAUUUUCAAGGAUACAAAAUGUAUCUUGCUAUGCCCCAAGGAACUUGUCCGCAUUAGCAACUGCUAAGAGUGUGGUACAAGAGCCAGACAAACUCUAUAAAGUAGUUGAAUUAGAGCUACGCGGUAAUGAUCCUGCUGUAUUAAAAAGUUUCUGUAAAUUUGCUUCGACCACAGGACAACAUCUUGAAAUAGAUUGCAAAACAUGGAAUAUGAGAAAACCUACUCAUGAAAGAUUCACAGUACUCAAAUGUGUUCAUAUUUACAAAAAGCACAGGGUACAAUAUGAAUAUAGAACCUACUAUUCAUUUGUACAGUAUAAACGUGUAACAGGCUCUACAGCUGAUACGUUACUAGAAUAUAUAGAAAGAAACUUACCUGAAGGUGUAUCCCUCAAAGCAACAAAGGUAGAAGUGCAAGAAUUACCAGACUAUUUAUCACCUCCAAAGGAUGUGGAAAAAACAAUAGAAGCUAAUUGAAAGUUAUUGUUCAUUUAAAUAUUGUAUUGUUUUAGUUAUUUUAAUAUAUUGAUAAUAAAACCUGAAACACUGUGACUAAAAGAAAUUUAAAUAAUGGGAUCUUCAUUCAUUACAUUUUUAUCCAAAUAUGUGCUUGUGAAGGUCGUUAGUCUACGGAUAGAUGGCGCUAUAUGCAGGUUUAUGAAAAGAUUAUUUCCAAUAAUCCACUUUUAUUAUUUUAGAUGAUAGAUGCAAUAAAUAUACCGUGUUUUGACGGCUCCGA